AUGGUUGAUGCUGCAGUGGUGUGUAGAGAGCUGGACUGUGGAGAACCUGUAGAUGCUCUGGGUGAUGCUUAUUUUGGACCAGGAUCAGGACUAGUCUGGAUGAGUUUUGCCACAUGUACUGGAUCAGAGUCAACACUGAAGAACUGUGGAUCAUCAGGAUGGGGUAAAAACAAUUGUAAUCAUACUGAAGAUGCUGGAGUCAUCUGCUCAGGAGUCAGACUGGUUGGAGGUUCUCGCUGUUCUGGGAGGUUAGAGAUACUUGAUAAUCAGACGUGGGUUUCAGUGUGUGCUGCUGCCUUUGACCAGCAGGAUGCAGAGGUUGUGUGUAGAGAGCUGGACUGUGGGGCUCCUGUACAGGUGCUGGGAGAAGAUGAUUUUGGCAAAGGAUACGCUCAGAUGUGGACACAAGAGAUUCAGUGCAGAGGAAAUGAGUCUCAGAUUCACCUCUGUCCAACAUCACCAUCACACCAAAACAACUGUUCUCAUGGAAACAAUGUUGAAUUUGUGUGUGCAGAUGGUGUGAAUGUGAGACUAGUAAACGGUCACAGUCGUUGUGCUGGUACAGUGGAGGUUCUUCAUAGAGGUCAGUGGGGAACAGUGUGUGGUGAUGACUGGGAUAUGGCUGAUGCUGCAGUGGUGUGUAGAGAGCUGGACUGUGGAGAACCUGUAGAUGCUCUGAGUGAUGCUCAUUUUGGACCAGGAUUAGGGCCAAUCUGGAUGAGUUUUGUCACUUGUACUGGAUCAGAAUCUACACUGAAGAACUGUGGAUCAUCAGGAUGGGGUAAAAGCAACUGUGAUCACACUGAAGAUGCUGGAGUCAUCUGCUCAGGUACUGUAAACUGCUUCAAACCUCAUUUAAUUUAUAACUGAUUAUCUCCCUGCCUUAAAGCAACCUAAAUAAUAUAUUUUUUAUUGUUUUGUGCAACAAUGGUAAUAUAUCAAUUGUAUACAUACCUGUACACACAAGUAUUCUUUUUAAAUAAAUUAUUUGUCAUUGAUUUUUUUUAUUUUAUUAUUAUUAUUUCUGUUGUAUUGUUUCUUUAGAAGUCAGGCUGGUUGGAGGUUCUCGCUGCUCUGG